GCACGCAGGGUUGGGGGAGGGAGCGCACGACGUGCGCGCACCCUCUCCCCUCGUCCACCGCUGCCGCCUCCUUCUUCUGCCGCUCCUGGCGCUGCUUGUGUGCUCGUUUGGUGCGGACCUGGUACCUCUUUUGUGAAGCGGCAGCUGAGGAGACUCCGGCGCUCGCCAUGGCCGACGAAAAGCCCAAGGAAGGAGUCAAGACUGAGAACAACGAUCAUAUUAAUUUGAAGGUGGCGGGGCAGGAUGGUUCUGUGGUGCAGUUUAAGAUUAAGAGGCAUACACCACUUAGUAAACUAAUGAAAGCCUAUUGUGAACGACAGGGAUUGUCAAUGAGGCAGAUCAGAUUCCGAUUCGACGGGCAACCAAUCAAUGAAACAGACACACCUGCACAGUUGGAAAUGGAGGAUGAAGAUACAAUUGAUGUGUUCCAACAGCAGACGGGAGGUGUCUACUGAAAAGGGAACCUGCUUCUUUACUCCAGAACUCUGUUCUUUAAAGACCAAGAUUACAUUCUCAAUUAGAAAACUGCAAUUUGGUUCCACCACAUCCUGACUACUACCGUAUAGUUUUCUCUAUUCUUUCAUUUCCCCCUUCCUUUAUUGUACAUAAAGUAACUGGUAUAUGUGCACAAGCAUAUUGCAUUUUUUUUUUUUUAACUAAACAGCCAAUGGUAUGUUUUGAUUGACAUCAAGUGGAGACGGGAUGGGGAAAAAUACUGAUUCUGUGAAAAUACCCCCUUUCUCCAUUAGUGGCAUGCUCAUUCAGCUCUUAUCUUUAUAUUCCAGUAAGUUAUUUUGCUCUCACUGUUUUAACAAAAACAACAACACAACAACAUAAAAAUCCUUGCAUACCUUGUUCAAUUGGAGAAUUUUAAUGUUUUUCAUUUAUCAUUGUAAAACCAAGGACAAUUUUAUAACUUUUUUGUACGUAGCUGUUACAUGUAGGGCAAUCUGUCUUUAAGUAGGGAUAAAUUACUCUAAAACAAAAAAGAAUCCUAGAUAGUUUUCCCUUCAAGUCAAGCGUCUUGUUGUUUAAAUAAACUUCUUGUUUAAAAUGA